AUGACCGCCUCAACCGCCGGCUCCGAUGAUGAGGAGUACGUCAAGGGCGCCAUCGAAAUCGUAAAGGACAGCCUCCUCGCGCCCGUCCGCACAGCCAUCUCCAAGCCCGCCCGCCGCGCCUACAUCCAAACGGUCCUCCUGCUCUUCGGCACGUUCGCCCUCCUAGGCAUCGCCAUCGCCGCCUACUCCAUCUUCUACUUCGCCUACGUACCCACGCGCGGCUUCAACGUGCCCGUGCAUCUGCAAUUUCCGACCACAUCAACGGCAAUCAGCUCGCGGCAACAAUAUGGCGGCGGCAGCAGCAGCAGCAGCAGCGGUAGCGGUAGCGACAGGAGCUUCGCCGAGUGGAAAGACGAACUGUGCCUGGGGCUUGGUGUAGGCGCGCAGCAGCGCGAGCAACAGGCGGUCGUGUACCACCCGUGGGGCACGGCGGGCGGCCUGCGCCCGUGGCUGGUCAGCGACCAGGGCUACGACGUGCGCGUCGAGCUCGAGAUGCCGCGCACGCGCGCCAACCGCGAGGCCGGCAACUUCAUGGUCGAGCUCGCGCUGCUGGGGCCGCCCGGCUCGUCGAGCAGCGGGACGACGGUCGGGUCGGGCAUCGUCGGCGCGUAUUCCUCGCCAGAGGGAAUGGAGGGUGGGGGGAAGAAGAAGAAUAAGGCGGAGGCUGUGCUGGCUGUGUCGCAGCGCCCAGCCAUCUUGACUUGGUAUAGCGAUGUCGUGGAGAAUGUGAACAAGGCGAUCGAGCUGCCCUGGUAUUUGCUGGGCUGGAGGAGGGAGGCGGAGCGGCUGACUGUGGGCAUGAUGGAGGGUGUCAGGUUCGAGAGGGGGUGGCAGAAUCUGCCGGAGGCACUGAGGGUCGAGAUACGUGCGGUGGAGAGACUGCAGGUGUAUGGGGUGAGGGUUGUGUUUGAGGCGAAGUUGCGCGGAUUGAGAUACAUCAUGUAUAACUACCGCCUCAUCUCCGCCCUCGUCUUUACCACCCUUUUCUGGGUCGUCGAACUCACCUUCAUGAUCCUCGCCUGGCUCGCCCUGUCUCAAAUGUUCUCUCCCGUCCAACCCCGCUCCACGAAAGCUAUCAAAUCGGAGAAAGAGCAAACCACAAAACCUGACGAAGAAGAGACGGAAAUCGACCUCAACAAGAUCAAGACCGAAGAACCGGAGACGGAAGAAACCACGGACGUCCCUGAUCUGUCUGACACUCCUCGCACUUUCCCGACGUACAGGGGCCAGCAGCCGCUGAGAUACGAGUCGCCCCGCGUCAAGAGCGAGGAGGAGGAUGACGGACCCACGGCGGAGUCGGCGGGUGGGGUCGGUGGUGCGCCUGAGCAGGAGGCCGACGAUGAGGAUGAUGAGGAUGCGGAUUUCGUGCUUGACACGGCGGGCAGGUACAUGGAGCGUGAUUCGGGACUGGGUACGAGUAUGGAGAGCGGACAGGAUAGGAGGAGGGACGCGGUGAGGAAGAGGAGGUCUGGAUUUUUCAGUGGCAGCGGUGGUGGUGGGGAGUAG